AAAAGCAAAGAAAAGAAGUAAACUUUGUGGGGCUGUCCAUGGAAGUCCUUGCGAGCUCUACUGCAACUUCUACACACCCACAUUUCACUUUGUCGAACCCCAAGAAACCCUUUACUCUCACGUUCAAGCCUUCCAUCGUUUCUCAGGUGCAUCCAUGGAAAUCUUUUCCUGUAAGGGUCAUUGAAGCUCGUUUAUUGAGUGGGAUAUUGUGUAUAAGCACAAAUGUCAACCGGAGUGGAAUUUGUGGCAGUUCUGAUGCACUUUGUAAACAUGAGUUCUUGUUUCACCCAUUGUGCAGGCUGAAUAAAACCUUUUCAUCUCAGUCUAGUUGUUUUGCUAUAAGUCAUGGAUGGUGGCAUAGAUUGAGGGAACAUACAAGUAGUGUUCAAAAGGUGAUGAGUCAUUCAGACAAAAUCAGACGACAUGCCUCUGUUGUUUUUGUUCGCUUAGUUGCUGCUAUGCUGCUGGUUACGUCAGUUUCCAUUGCUGCUAGCAACACACCCUCAUGGGCCCUCUCUGAAGAGAAUCUCCUCUUCUUAGAGGCAUGGAGAACGAUUGACCGUGCAUAUAUUGACAAAACUUUCAAUGGGCAAAGUUGGUUUCGCUACAGAGAAAAUGCACUUCGAAAUGAACCAAUGAACAAUAGAGAAGAGACAUACAUGGCCAUAAAAAAGAUGCUUGCCACACUGGAUGAUCCUUUCACUAGGUUUCUGGAGCCUGAGAAGUUUAAGAAUUUGCAGUCUGGAACUCAAGGGGCUCUUACAGGUAUAGGACUAUCAAUAGGUUACCCAACAGGAUCUGAAGGAUCACAAGCUGGGCUUGUUGUUAUUUCGGCUGCUCCAGGAGGUCCUGCAUAUCAGGCUGGCAUUUUAUCUGGUGAUAUUAUCUUGGAAAUAGAUAAUACAAGCACAGAAAGCAUGAGCAUUUAUGAUGCAGCAGAGAGAUUGCAGGGAGCAGAAGGAAGUUCAGUGGAAAUAACAAUUCAAACUGGACCAGAAAUAAAGCACUUGGCUCUAACGCGAGAAAAAGUUUCACUGAAUCCUGUAAAGUCAAGACUAUGUGAGAUUCCUGGUUCAGAAAAGAACUACCCCAGAAUUGGUUAUAUUAAGCUAACAUCAUUCAACCAAAAGGCUUCUGCUGCUGUCAAGGAAGCAAUUGAUACUUUAAGGCGUAAUAGGGUUAACGCCUUUGUGUUGGACCUUCGUGAUAAUAGUGGUGGUCUUUUCCCAGAAGGAAUUGAAACUGCCAAGAUUUGGUUAGACAAAGGUGUGAUUGUGUAUAUUUGUGAUAAUCGUGGUGUUCGAGAUAUAUAUGACACAGAUGGAGGCCCUGCAAUAGCAGUUUCAGAACCCCUAGCUGUGCUGGUGAACAAGGGUACUGCAAGUGCAAGUGAAAUUUUAGCUGGUGCAUUGAAAGAAAAUAAACGUGCUGUGUUGUUUGGAGAACCCACAUAUGGUAAAGGCAAGAUUCAGUCAGUUUUUCAGCUAUCUGAUGGCUCUGGCCUGGCUGUUACCGUUGCUCGUUACGAGACACCUGCUCAUAAUGAUAUUGACAAGAUCGGUGUGAUUCCGGACCAUCCUCUCCCAAACUCGUUUCCCAAAGAUGAGGAUGCCUUUUGUGGCUGCCUUCAAGACUCUGGUUCUGCUUGCUAUGUCAACAAUGUCCAACUAUUUUCUAGAUGACAAUUUCGUUUCUGAAGCUUCAUCUUGUUAAGGAACAUGAUUCUUUGCGAAUUUACAUUCUUUGAAGGUUUCAUAGCUUUAUUUUCAUUUGGGGAGAUGUAGAUAUAUUUUUGACUGUGUAACAUUUUUUUAACUCUCAAUGUUCUGAUCAGUACAAGCA